AUGUUUUCUGAUCAGUUGAGAAAUGUCGGCUCCCCUAUCAACAAUCAUCGUCUGGUCCUUCAGAUGAUCUCUGGUCUCCCAGAAGCUUACCGCAGUGUUGCUACUUUGAUUCUCCAGAGCAACCCUCUUUUGGAGUUCUAUCAUGACUGUUCCAUGCUCACUUUAGAAGAAACCGAUAGAGCUAAGAUGACAAAUACAGACUCUCAUGCUGCUAUGCACACCACUCAGCCGAAACCUAUUGAAUACACCUCUCAGCGUGGCAACCGUCUCCCCGACAAUCGUUCUCGCUCCUGUGGCAACCAGAUUCACGGAGGGGGACAUGGUAACCGGAGAGCACCUUAG